AUGAAGUACUUUGAACGGGCACAAGUGUCCACCUCCCAACGACCCAUUCUACAGCAAUCAGAGUCGUUCAUUAUUCAGCAAGGCAAUGUUGGGCUCUAUGAACGCAAGGAGAAGCUUGACCAAUACCAGGAUGGUGUAUGCUACUUGACAACGCACCGCAUCAUUUAUGUUGAUAGCAGCAAAGGAGCCGAGCGUGCAGUUGAAUUGCCUCUGAGUAUGGUGAAGGAUAUAGAAACGUUUAGUGGGUUUCUUCGUUCAUCGCCCAAGAUUAUCCUUCAUCUUCAAGCAGCUGAUCGAUUCUCCUCAUCAUCCUCGGCAACACCAUCAUCAACAUCAACCACUGUACAACCAUCAGCACCACUACUACAGCAAUCAUGGGUGUGCACCAUAUGCUCAUUCUCAAACCCGCCCACAACCAUAGAGAAAUGCCAACUAUGCGGUGUUCGACGUCCUCAAGAUACCCCUUCCACCACCACAGACACAUCAGAUCAACAACAUAAAGAUAGCUCAGCAUGUCGUGUUUGCACUUUUCAAAAUCACCCAAGCAUGAUACAAUGUGAAAUGUGUGGUGCCAGCCUCGCAAAUCCAUCCUUAUCCAAUCAUUCAAGCAUAUCAGACAUGUUGCACGCAACACAACUUCAGCCUUUAGACGAUGAUGCACAUGUACGCAUCGCUUUUCGGAGCGGCGGCCUCUCUGGAUUUGUAUCGAAGCUCAAAGAAGCAGUGGAUGUCAAAGCAUGGAACAACAAGCCUGUGGAAUCUCCUAUAGAGAAACCUGCAUCGCCGAUUACUCGUGGUGUUGGUAUCAGCGCUAUCCAAGGCCGCAUUGAAAAAUCCACCAUGGAAGCACAAGAGAGCAUGGAUGAGGCAUUUCAGGAUUUGGACAAGUUGAUGGCCAAGGCAACGGAAAUGGUAUCAUUGGCAGAAUCCAUUUCAACCAAGAUGAACAAAGAAUCCAACAACAAUGACGACCUUUCUGCUUUGAGGACUACAUUACUAAACCUUGGUAUUUCGGAUCCAGUGACGCGUGGAUCGGCUGGAUCAAUAUAUCAUCAAGAACUAGCACGUGAGCUCGCCGAUUUCUUGAGCAAAUUCCUCGAUAGACAAGAUUCCAUGAAACCAUUGACGGAUUUAUACUGCGUAUUUAAUCGGGCAAGAGGCGUGGCAUUCAUCUCCCCGGAGGAUCUAUAUAAAGCAGCCAUGCAAUUUGAAGUACUACAAUUGCCGUUUCGAAUGAGACAAUUUCCAAGUGGAUUACUCGUGGUGCAAUCACUUUACAUGGAUGAUGAACGUGCUGCUCAACGUGUGCUCGAACGGAUCAAGGAACAAGGCGGACACAUCACAUCACUGCGUCUGGCGGAAUUGGAGAAUUAUGCAUUAGCCGUGGCAACCGAACAUCUCAUGAUUGCAGAGCAAAAGGCACUUGUUUGCCGAGAUCAGGGGCCCAAUGGUUUGACAUUUUAUGAAAACCUCUUAUUGUCAUCGUAG